AUGGGCGCUGCCCUAAUCGACGAUCCAGCAGCAGCUCCAGAAAUCGAGAACGCCCAGGCAGAGGACUGCCUGUAUCUCAAUAUAUGGGUGCCAGCAGGCACCCCCCCGGAAAGCGGCUGGCCAGUCCAGGUCUUUAUUCAUGGAGGCUGGCUUCAGAUAGGUGAUGCCAAUCAAACGAACAGUUACGAUCCUUUCGAUCUGCUAGCUAAUUCUACACCACGCAUCAUCGUCGCUCCGACGUAUCGACUCAACAUUUUUGGAUUUCUGGCUGGGAAAGAGUUGCAAGAAGCAGAGCCUGAGGAGCCGGCACCUGGCAACUAUGGUCUUUGGGAUCAAAGAGCUGCUCUCGAGUGGAUUUAUGCCAAUAUCGGUCAUUUUCAUGGCAAUCGAGACCUAAUCACUCUAUACUACGAUACUUAUCAGCCAGCGGAAAAGAGAAUCAUCAAACAAGCUUACUUCUGGUCGAAUGCAAUUGCAGUGCAACCAAACACAGCAACAGCCCCAAUCCUGACCGAUCAGUGGUAUGAGCUGAUCAAUGUUCUGAGCAUCAAAGCGGACACACCAAAAGGCAGACUAGCAGCACUGCGGGCAGUGCCAGCUAAAGAUAUUGUUGCGGCGAUAGCCAAAUUGAAGAUGCAUACUUUCCGCACCAGUACAGACGAAGACUUUGUGCCCGACAACUUGCUAAGAACGAUACACGAUGGCAGCUUUGCAGCGCUGCUCGCCGAACAUGGUGUCCGCAUUAUGCUGGGCGAAGUCAAGGACGAAGCUCUGCUAUACAAACUCAUCAACCCACCGAGCACAUACUCAGGGCUCAAAACGCAAGUACAGAACUAUUACCCCAAGCACGUAGUUGAUCAACUCCUGAGCUUGACCGAAAUCUAUGACAUUCCGAGUGAGAGUGAGAAGGGAGCGGAACAGAGAUUUACCGAUGUCUUUGCAAGCAUAGUUGCUGACAUGCAGGUUCAUUCAGCGCUGCGUGGAAUGACAAAGUGUUUACUUGCACCUAGCAACGGCACAAAAGACGUGCCGGAAGUGCUGCGAUACCGCAUAGCAUGGCGAGCAAAAGGCUUGGACAGAUACCUCAGGCCCGAGGUUGGUGUAUGUCAUGCUGCAGAUAACCCAAUCUGGUGGUUAAGUGGCUAUCGGGCAGGAUUUAAGGAAUCUGAUCGAAAGGCUGCGGACGAAUUCCUGCGGCCAUUCGGUGAGUUCCUUGAGGGUAAAUCAUGGAAAACGAAGCAAAGAACGGGCGAGGAGGGAGCAAGGAGGAUCGAUAGGUAUAUCAACGCAGAAGGAGUGACUGAGCAGGAUGUUGAGGACCGGCUGUGGGAGAAGGGCAUAAAGGUCUGGGACGCAGUUGCUGAAGUACAAGGCGUGAAGUAG